GAAUUCAUAAUGGGCUUGUGGGCCGGUUGGCCUUCUUGGGCAUUAGUCAAGCGUGACGCUGGCAGCGACACGCCGGGCGAGUGGAUUAGCCGGUCAGAUCAUUCGUGGGCCGUAGCGUCAUUUGAUUUGGCCAACAUGUUGUCCGCCGCUCCGGUCGGCUGCAUGGCCGAUCAUCUGGGCCGCAAAGGUAGUUUGCUGACGUUGGGCGGUUUGUUGGUAUUUUCUUUCGGCGUACUCUACGUUCCUCUAGGACCCUACGCCGUGUUCACCGGUCGGUUUUUAGCCGGCGUUUGCAGGUCCGUCGUUUACGUUACGUUACCAGGUUACAUCGCCGAGAUAACGAGCAAGCACGUACGCGGCCGAUUAACCGUGACGUUGUCCGCAUUUGACGCGUUGGGCAUGCUGGUUUCCAUGUCGGUCGGUCCGCGAAUCAGCUAUGCGACGGCCAACGCGGCCAGUGUAGUGUUAAGCGCGAUUUAUUUACUGGCCAUUGUGCGCGUGCCCGAGACGCCGUACUACUUGCUGUCCAAGAACCGCCCGGAGAAAGCCCGUAAAGCGUUGGCCUGGUACAGGGGAAGACAGGACGUGCAUCACGAACUGGACCGGAUGACCGCCAGCGUGUUGGAAGACAUGAAGGAACCGGCCACGUACCAUGAGCUUUUUGACGACAGCGGCAACAGGACGGCACUGUUUCUAGUGGUCGCUGCUUGUUUUGCACAACGAGCCGGCGGCAUCAGUUGCAUCGUUGCUUACUCGACCACUACUUUGCCGGAGAACAGCCUGGUACGACCGGAAAACGUGGCGGCCGUCGUCGCUGCCGUUCGUCUCAUGUUCACAUUGAUCGCCGCUCCCAUGAUCGACAAGUUCGGCCGCCGACCGCUUUUGAUCAAUUCACACGCCGCACUGGCCGUCAUUACACUGGUCUACGGAUCUUACUUGUUCGCGGACGCUGAUGGUCGUGACACCGGGUACAACUGGAUACCGUCGGUUUGCGUGGUACUAUUCUCGGUGGCGUAUUCGAUGGGGUCAGGCGUCGUGGUCGGAACGCUGAUCGGUGAAAUGUUUCCGGCUAACGUUAAGUCCAAAGCAGUAGCCGUAGUGGCCAUCGUCUCAUCGCUAGGCUCAUUUUUCACUAACAAAAUGUACUUGCCCGUGGCUGACUUGUUCGGCGUAUAUUACAUGUACUUUCUGUUCACUGUGAUUAACGCGGUAUGGGCCACUUGUGCCUACAUAUUUCUGUUCGAAACCAAAAACAUGACGCUUUCGGACAUCCAAGAUAGGCUGGACGAAUUCAACAGCGACUCUAGCGAAUCCACAGACAGGCCUAAACGUUAA